AUGGGCCGCCGAGGGCUAAGGAGGAUGUUCACACGUGAUGACGUGAACAAUUGGAAUAACAACAUCAUCAUCGCAAUCCUGGAAGGACACUGGUUUUACCAGCAGCCUGGAAUUUGGAAAAGUCUUCGCGGCAACAGCUCCCUUGUUUGGUUCAAAAACUCUGUCAUGUUCUUCAGCAAGAUCAAUGGCUCUCAGUUUUUCAUGGUGGUUUCCAUAGAAGCCUUUUCUCAUCAGUCUAAUAUGGCUCCAUUCUAUUGUGCGGGAAUAAGAAAAGAAGAGCUGAAAGUUGGCAGCUGGAUUCUGAAUUCAAAAAACUUGCGAAAAAGUCACUUCAUGGAUCCCUAUCUAUGCAAGGCUUUGGAGGAAAUACUGUUCAAGAAAAAAUCAGUUUUGGACCUUGGAUGUGGGAUUGGUCUCUAUGGAAUUUGCUUCCUACGACUCAGGAAUCACACAUUUCCAAAUUCAGGAAGGGAUUUUUUUACUAGGCACCUUAAGGGCUUGAAAGAUUGGUGGAAGUCAACAGAUCCUAUUCUGCAAUCCUGGACUGGUUAUGAUGGAACCCCAGGAAUCCACGAUUUGACAGCUGGCUUAGUAAAACACAUGGAUCUCAGUAAGCCGGGAUACAUUGGACAAACAUUCAACUGGGUCUUGAGUUUAGAAGUUGGCGAGCAUAUUCCUAGAAAGUAUCAGGCGAAUUACAUCUCCAACCUGGUUAGACACGCAGAAGAAGGAAUAGUUCUGUCAUGGGCCAUCGAGGGCCAAAAAGGACGUUCACACGUGAACAAUCGCAACAACGACGUCAUCAUCGCAAUUCUGGAAGGACACGGGUUUUACCCGCAGCCUGAAAUUUGGAAAAGUCUUCGUGGCAACAGCUCCCUUUCUUGGUUUAAAAACACUGUUAUGCACCACCAAGGGUCCGAGCCCCAGUAUUCAUUUUCGUUGGAGCAACAGUAUGCGUGGUUCCAGCAGCAACGAGACACUGCUCCAGCUGUUCAAUAUCUUGAAGAAGCAGUAGGAGUGAAUUUUUCUCUUCCGCAUGCUCCAAAAGCAGGUAAGAAUAAGCAGUUGGUCAGAUACAUUGGACCCUCAGUUAAAUUUUGGAUGUAUCAGCACCACCAAGGGUCCGAGCCCCAGUAUUCAUUUUCGUUGGAGCAACAGUAUGCGUGGUUCCAGCAGCAACGAGACACUGCUCCAGCUGUUCAAUAUCUUGAAGAAGCAGUAGCAGUGAAUUUUUCUCUUCCGCAUGCUCCAAAAGCAGGGAAAACGGAACUAGAAACAGGCGGAUGGAUCUUGAAACCUGAAAAACUCCGAGGAGCUCAUCGUCUAGAUCCAUAUCUUUGCAAAGCCUUGGAGGAAACCCUGUUUCGAGGGAAGUCGGUUCUGGAUCUGGGUUGCGGAAUAGGCCUGUAUGGGAUUUGUUUCCUGAGACUCAAAAAUCACCCAUUUUCGGAUCCUGGAACAGAUAUUUUUACCAGGGCUGCCUCCGGGUCAUCCGAAGCAAUUCCGCCAUUUUCAUCAACAGCCGCCUUCACAGCUACCACAUUGGCCACCACUUUGGCAGCUGUGAAGGCGGCUGUCAAUGACCUGGAGGCAACCUCUGGCAUGAAUACCAUCACCCUGAAAGGGCUACGCGAAUGGUGGACUUCGACAAAGCCCAUGAUUGGGUCCUGGACUGGCUACGAUGGAAAUCCUCACGUUGAGGAUUUGACGUUUGGGUUGGUGCGCCGGUUUGACCUCAGCAAGCCAGGUUCCAUCGGCAAAACCUUUGACUGGGUCAUGAGCCUGGAAGUCGGAGAACACAUCCCUCGGGAAUAUCAGGACAUUUACAUAGACAACCUGAUUCGACACGCCAAAGAAGGCAUUGUGUUGUCGUGGGCAGUGGAGGGUCAAGGGGGUCGCUCGCAUGUCAACGAACGCAACAACGACGUCAUCAUCGAGAUUCUUCAGGGCCGCGGGUUUUUCCCGCAGCCAGAAAUUUGGAAAGCUCUUCGAGCGAGCAGCUCUUUUCAUUGGUUGAAAAACACAAUCAUGGUGUUCACAAGAGGCGAACAUUUCCAAGUACAGUAAAUGAGUUGAUUUGCUGGAAAAAACUUUUUGUUUUUUUUCCAAAACAUCUUUGAUGUCCUUUGAACGCUCGAUCGUGCUUGUAUUUAAAUAGAUGAACGUUUCGGCACAACAAAUAUAAUACACUUGCUCAUUUUGUUGUUUGAACUUUGCGGUGAAGAAAAACA